GCAGUUCAGGACACGGGUGGUCAGUGCACACAGCGGGGCAGUUCGGAACACGGGUGGUCGGUGCACACAGCGGGGACAGUUCAGGACACGAGUGGCCUGUGCACACACCGGGGACAGUUCAAAACACGAGUGGUCGGUGCACACAGCAGGCACAGUUCAGGACACGGGUGGUCAGUGCGCACAACAGGGACAGUUCAGGACACGGGUGGUCAGUGCAUACAGCGGGGACAGUUCAGGACACGGGACACAGGUGGUCAGUGCGCACAACAGGGACAGUUCAGGACACUCACGGUAAGCAGCUUGCAGACCCUCAGCGGCAGGCGGCUCCAGACAGGGACAACCAGUGGUCAGCGUUCCAGGGGCAGACAGCAGCAGCUCCCCGGGCACUCAACAGCGGACAGCUUCCAGGGACACGCAGCCACGGACAGUGUGCAGGGUCCCUCAGCAGCAGCUCCGAGGGCACUCAGCACCAGAGACAGCUUCCAGGGACACGCCGCCACGGAUAGUGUGCAGUGUCCCUCAGCAGCAGCUCCCAGGGCACUCAGCAGCAGACAGGGUGCAAGG